AUGGCCUCCCGAGUGCUCCUGCCGCACUUCUUGAGAGCGCGAGCAGCCCCAACCUCCUUGGCGACGCUCAACAUUGCUGCACGAACUCUGCACGCUUCUGCUUCUCGAUCCGCCGAAUCUUCGCACGGACAUGCGGCGGCUGAUGCGGCCGAGGAGGAGCAGUAUCCUGAGGAGGGUGAGUUGAUGGAUGGGGGAAGUAAUGAUCUGCGGGGUCUGGCAAUUGUUCGGAGCGUGUGUUGGCAAGACGCAUACAGGUGGUGUGAAAGGAAGACUUGCUGGACUGAUGUGGAUGCACAGAGCUGAUGCAGUGCUUCACGACUGACUCUCUCCGCGCCUCAUGACCGCCUAUGGCCCCUCUGGCAGGCUUCUCGGCACCAUUCUGGCGCAAUGGGCUGCUGCUGGUGAUCGGAGGAGUGAUUGUCUACCGUUUCAGCGCCGCAGCGAAUCGCUCGCCUCAUGGCGCGACGGGCGAAGAAGAGACAUCGUCAGAUUCCAAUGCGCCCUUGAUCACUCGAUACUUGUCGCACUACAAGCCCAGCUUGGAAUCCAGUCGAAGAACAAGCUUGGAAGAGUUGGACAAGAAGACUAGAAAUGCGGAAGAUAGAUUGCUCUUUCAAGAAGCUGAGAGACCUCCGGUUCAUAGACUUACGUAUCCUGGGUGAGUUUAUGCUUGAUCUCACCCAAGAUGUGCAAUCACAAUCUGCGGCACUUGAGCUGACAAAUGCCGCAUCUUGCACUCGAUGUUUGGCCUCUGUAGCGUAUUCGAUCACAGCUCACCUCACCGCAUCCCUUUGGGUGGAAGUGUGAAUGUUUCCAACGUCAAGGUCAAGACGGAGUACGAAUAA